AGUCGCGCACACAUCCAAACUCCCGAGUCCCCUGCCUGUCUCGCUAGCUCAGCUCCACACCACACCGCCAGCGAGCUAGCACGUCGUCACAGAACCGAACCAUGGACUACAGCGGUGAACUCGACGACUUCUCCCUGCAGCUCAUCCGCGAGCAGCUUCUCGGCGGCGAGGCUUUGGCUUGCCUCCCCGUCGGUCCUGACGCCGCGGCGGCGUACUCUGCGUCGUCAGUUCAUCCCGCCGCGCAGGCGGCGUUCCACCACCAGCCCGCGGCGUUCGUGCCGCACCAGCACCAGCAGCAGGCCGCGUACGUCGACUUGACAAACGAGUACGCGGAUGCCGCCGCAGCCGCCGCGGUCGUCGAGGCGGCGGCCUUCAGGGCGGAGCCGGUGAUGAUCCGGUUCGGUGGCGAGCCUUCGCCGGUGUCCGACCCCAGCCGGAGGCCGCUGCUCACGAUCUCCCUGCCCCCGACCUCGCACGCCUGGGGCGGCCCGGCGGCCGCGCCGGCGCAGGCCCUGGACGCGAACGACUUCCGCAAGUACCGCGGCGUGCGGCAGCGGCCGUGGGGCAAGUUCGCGGCGGAGAUCCGGGACCCCAAGAAGCGGGGCUCCCGCGUGUGGCUCGGCACCUACGACACCGCCAUCGAGGCGGCGCGCGCCUACGACCGCGCCGCGUUCCGGAUGCGCGGCGCCAAGGCCAUCCUCAACUUCCCCAACGAGGUCGGCUCCCGCGGUGCCGACUUCCUCGCGCCCCCGCCGCCGCAGGCGUCCCAGAACAAACGGAAGCUGCAACACGACGCCGCCGGGGCCGAGCCAGCAGCGAAGUCCGUCAAGGCCGAGGCGUUCGGAUCGCCGGCGUCGUCGUCCCUCACGUCAUCGCUGUCCCCCGCGACAACCACGGCCUCUACGGUGACGGCGACGUCGUCCUCGCCGUCGUCCGAGGCUGGAGCCACCGAGAUGUUCCCGUUCCCGAUGACGCCGUCGAGCUGGACUUGGGAGCAGCUGGAGGGCGUGUUCGGCAGCCUGUCGCCGCUCUCGCCGCACCCGCAGCUGGGCUUCCCGGAGGUAACCGUUAAUUGAGCGGUUAUCGGCCGCUUAAUCAAGCAUGAUGAUGACUAGGUGUAAAGACGUUAAUAAUCAUUAGCGGUUUUUAGUUAUGGACGACGGCCUCGGCUUUGGACUCAUCUCGAGGAUUUGGCGUAGCUUGGAGCUGCAUGCGUGUGUGUGUACAGAAUGGAGGGUGAUAAUAGAAUAUUUUAGGGCAAUGUGUCGGUGAACUACACAUUGACACAGAUCGAUAGAUGUGGAAAUAUAUACAUACGGGGGAUAAUAAUAUCAGAAAUGAUAGUCUGAGGUGCUUGAUGUUAUUUGUACAUUAAGUAAAGAAGAGUGUACCUGUUUUUAUUUAAUAGCUGUACACUUGUGAAUCAUUUUUAUAUCGCCAGUUCGCCGUAUAUAUCUAUGUUGCUUUUGCC